GCCCAAGUCAUUAUAUAACUUUAGCUGCCUGUGCUACCUGUGCUACCUGUGUUUAUAACAGAUGUUGAUUUUAAGCAGAUGUUUAAACCAGUCUGUUUCAUCUGUUUUUAAGGUAAAUAAGCAAUUUAUCGAAUUUUCCAACGAUUUUUCUUGUCUCUUUUUUGAGAAAAUUUCUUUCGUUUUUUUGAUAUAGCAUUUCCGUAGUUGAUUUUGGUGCUUAGGUUUUACCUUAGUAACUUAGGCUGAUUAUUCUUUUAAUUGUUACUUGCCAUCGAUAACCUUCUAACUCUUUAAGACAGUGCUCCACAAGCUUUUUCCAACCACGGCACACUAAAAUCAUUCCCAUAAUAUCGCGGCACACCUAGACAAUCCCCAGAGUACCGCAGCACGCUACAUUACUUCCUUGUUUAACCGAACAACCAAUGUUACAAAACCCAGAGCCAUUGGUUCUCUUUUCAACCGAACAACCAAUGUUACAAAAACCAGAGCCAUUUGUUCUCUUUUCAACCGAACAACCAAUGUUACAAAAACCAGAGCCAUUGGUUCUCUUUUCAACCGAACAACCAAUGUUGCAAAAACCAGAGACAUUGGUUCUCUUUUCAACCGAACAACAAAUGUUACAAAACCAGUAGACCUAACAAAGAUGGCGGAUUAAAAUUUAAAAAAAAAAAAUAAGUCUAAAACAUGCCAAUGGCUUCAUCUGUAAGUACAAAAUCUGCAUGAUAAAGUAGCUAAAUAACGUUUUCCCGCCUUUUUUUCGAUGAUAUUGACACACGCGAUCGUAAAUCAAUAAUUGUGAAAGCGACAGGCUGAAAGUGACACGACUUAAACACCAAUCAAUGCCUUACAUGACACUUUCUUUCUCAUAGAUCGGAGUCAGCUAUGGAAGCGCCCGUGCUUGCAAUACUUGGGAUUGUCCUGGGCAUUCUCAUCUCAUUACCAAAUGUGUCUUCGCUGCCAGGUAGGUUCUAACUUAGUUCUAAAUAUCCUGUUACUUCAUAAUUACAUGGUCCAGUCUUUUGUUUGGAUGCCCCGUUUAUUUAUCAGUCGUGCUUGCUGCCAAAGUUGAGGUAAUAUGAACGGUAAACAAAACAAAAACAACUAUAUUUUGAACUCGUUGAAUUCCAAAAAAUUCAUUAAAAAAAAAUUAUUUUUGUAAAGAGUUUAAACUUGAGUACAGAACACAUCAAACUUGAAUUAAGUCAAGUGAUCUCAGACUUUUCAGUGCUGCAAGUCCUUGAUAAUUUUUACCAAGUUGUGGCUACCCACAACUAGGAUAAUUCCUUUAUUUGAGAAUUCGAUUUUGAAAAGCAAAUGUAGAAGAGGGGUAUUAAAAGUAAUUGCUGCAAUCUAGUCACAGUGCUGAUGUGAUCUAGUCACAUUGCUGAUGUAAUCUAGUCACAGUGCUGAUGUAAUCUAGUCAUAAUGCUGAUGUAAUCUAGUCAACGUGCAGAUGUAAUCUAGUCACAGUGUCGCUGUAAUCUAGUCACAGUGCCUCUGUCAUCCAAUCACAGCGCUGACGUGAUCUAGUCACAAUGCUGAUGUGAUGUAGUAACAGUGCUUCUGUAAUCUAAUCACAGUACGGAUGUUAUCUAAUCACAUAACUGAUGUGAUGUGGUAACAUUAUUGAUGGAAUGUGGUCAAAUUGCUGAUAUGAUGUAGUCACAGUGAUAAUGUGAUGUAGUAACAGCAAUGAUGUGAUGUAGUCACAGCGAUGAUGUGAUGUAGUCACAGCGAUGAUGUGAUGUAGUCACAGCGAUAUGUGAUGUAGUCACAGUGCUGAUUUGAUGUAGUCACAGUGCUGAUUUGAUGUAGUCACAGUGCUGAUGUUAUGUAGUCACAAUGCCGAUGUGAUUUAGUCACAAUGUUGAUGUGAUGUAGUCACAGUGAUGUUGUGAUGUAGUCACAAUGAUGAUGUGAUGUAGUCUCAAUGUUGAUGUGAUGUAGUCACAAUGCUGAUGUGAUGUAUUCACAAAGCUGAUGUGAUGUAGUCACAAUGCUGAUGUGAUGUAGUCACAAUGCUGAUGUGAUGUAGUCACAAUGCUGAUGUGAUGUAGUCACAAUGCUGAUGUGAUGUAGUGACAGCGAUGAUGUGAUGUAGUCACAAUGCUGAUGUGAUGUAGUCACAAUGCUGAUGUGAUGUAGUCACAAUGCUGAUGUGAUGUAAUCACAAUGCUGAUGUGAUGUAGGCACAAUGCUGAUGUGAUGUAGUCACAAUGCUGAUGUGAUGUAGUCACAAUGCUGAUGUGAUGUGGUGACAAUGCUGAUGUGAUGUAGUCACAAUUCUGAUGUGAUGUAGUCACAGCGAUGAUGUGAUGUAGUCACAGAAUAUGUGAUGUAGUCACAAUGCUGAUGUGAUGUAGUCACAAUGCUGAUGUGAUGUAGUCACAAUGCUGAUGUGAUGAAGUCGCAAUGCUGAUGUGAUGUAGUCACAAUGCUGAUGUGAUGUAGGCACAAUGCUGAUGUGAUGCUGUCACAAUGCUGAUGUGAUGUAGUCACAAUGCUGAUGUGAUGUUGUCACAGUGAUGAUGUGAUUUAGUCACAGCGAUGAUGUGAUGUAGUCACAGAAAUAUGUGAUGUAGUCACAAUGCUGAUGUGAUGUAGUCACAAUGCUGAUGUGAUGUAGUCACAAUGCUGAUGUGAUGAAGUCACAAUGCUGAUGUGAUGUAGUCACAAUGCUGAUGUGAUGUAGGCACAAUGCUGAUGUGAUGCUGUCACAAUGCUGAUGUGAUGUAGUCACAAUGCUGAUGUGAUGUUGUCACAGUGAUGAUGUGAUUUAGUCACAAUGCUGAUGUGAUGUAGUAACAGUGCUGAUGUGAUGUAGUCACAUUGCUGAUGUGAUGUAGUCACAGUGCUGAUGUGAUGUUGUCACAGUGAUAAUGUAAUGUAGUCACAGCGAUGAUGUGAUGUAGUAAAAGUGUUGAUGUGAUCUAGUCAUAGCGAUGAUGUGAUGUAGUCACAGCGAUGAUGUUAUGUAGUCACAAUGGUGAUGUGAUGUAGGCACAGUUCUGAUGUGAUGUAGUCACAGCGCUGAUGUGUUGUAGUCACAGUGCUGAUGUGAUGUAGUCACAGUGAUAAUGUGAUAUAGUCACAGUGCUGAUAUGAUGUAGUCACAGUGCCGAUGUGAUGUAGUCACAGUGAUAAUGUGAUAUAGUCACAGUGCAGAUGUGAUGUAGUCACAGUGCCGAUGUGAUGUAGUCACAGUGCAGAUGUGAUUUAGUCACAGUGCUGUUGUGAUCUAGUCACAGUGCUGAUGUAAUCUAAUCACAGUGCUGAUGUAAUCUAAUCACAGUGCUUAUGUAAUCUUAUCAUAGUGCUGAUUUGAUCUAGUCACAAUGCUGAUGUUAUCUAUUAACAGUGCUGCUGUAAACUAUAGUCCAGGUGCUGAUUAAAUCUAUUGUCACAGUGCUGAUGUAAUCUAGUCACGGUUCUGCUGAAAACUAUAGUCAGAGAGCGGUUGUAAUCUUUUAGUCACAAUGCUCAUGUAAUCUAUAGUCACAGUGCUGAUGUCAGAAAUUCUUGACCUUCAUCCCCCCCCCCUUGAGCGUGACGUAAUAUGCGAAUGACCCCACCAUAUUUCUGUAGUUCACAGGCAACUGUGGAAUAUUCUUAAAUGAAACAUUAUCAUAAAUCAGCAUUUGUAAUAUAGUAAUCUUAUCCCCAACCAAAAUUUGAAAACUAUGGAAUUUGAAUUUAAACACUAAGUGUUGUUAAAGCACUGUUUCACGUAAUUUUGACGCUGACAAAUUUCGCUCAAGAAAGGACAGGUCCAUUUUCACAGGAGUGCGUGAAUAGCGAGCAUUUUGAUCUGAGGCAGUAGUGUCAAGACCGUUUUCAUCCGAUGUCAAUGGGAGAAACAGUAAGAAAAUAAUCUCUCUUCCAAAACCAGCUUGAUUUGGGUCGUUAAUGCGAUACCAGAGGAACUUCCAAAUGAAGUUGUAGACAUGCAAUCCAAAAUUCUUGUCAGACUGAUACGCAGAAUGAAAGCUUAUAGACUUAUAUUAGGGAAAAAGUGUGGGGGGGGGCGAGGGGUUAAUUUAGUCCUUUCAAAGCAUGUGCUGGUGAAUUCAAUUCAGCCACGGCACUCCGUACUUGUCUGAUAAAAAAUGUUUACAAAAUGUGAAAGGUAGUUACAGAGCAGACUUGUGCGUUAAACGUUUGCCAAUAUUUUUUUAAGAUUGUGAGCAUUAAUUAAUGUUAGUCUCAGUUUGUUUUAUAUUUUUAAAAAAAAUAUAUAUUUUAAAGCACCAGUUACGUGCGCCUUGCAGAUGUGAAAAGUAGAUUGGCAAUUCAAAUUGUUUUUGUUUUUUUUUUCAUUCACUAAUAUUUUAUUUGGAGUCUUAUUUAAAGUAAUGUAAUCCGGCUAUGUCAUAAAAACGUCUUGCUUCAUGUUGAAUUUCGAUAUGGGAAAAAUGUGCGUCUUAAAUGUUUUGAAAAUGCAUUUUAAUGAAAUAAACAUUCGAACAAUAAUUGGAUCACACAUGUAGGCCACCUUGAAUUUGCCACAAUCCAUCUGGCCCCCAGACCCCAACCAAAACUUCUAAACGGCACUUGUCCAACAAAAAAUGUGCCGAGCCCUGACCUAGGGGGUCGCGACCCACGUGUUGAGAACCACCGCUGGUGCUCGUUGUUGCCGAAUACAUAGUAUCGAUUGUACUCAGAAAACCUGUCAGAUAGACCACGCACGUGUUUUGGGGUUUCUUUUCAUAUAAUUUUUUUUACACAUUCCUCAAUCUAACACGUUUUCUAACAUAUUGUUAUUAAUUUUCAUGUUGCCAUUUUUUUAUUUCACCACGGUCGACCAGGUGAUUCCAGACGUGGCGGGAAAUGCCAACACAUCACCAGAUAUUUAGAAUCUCCCGACAACACUGAGAGACGACGUCAUCAGAGCAUUGACCCUGAAGAGGCUUCAGUGUUUCAUUCUCUACAAGACGGGGAAGAGCGCCGACGAUUCUUAAACUUUGUGAAAGACAGCCCUGUGUGCACGCAUUCCCACGAAGAAAACGAAGGGAGGAGGACGACCACCCCAUCCGGAGACGCCACGGCCCGCAUCAUCAUUGACCUUUCCAGGGAAUACUGUGCCCGACUCAAGAACAGUGGUGCUCGGAAUAUCCCAGUUUACUGUACGCAAACAAAUGGGUGACAAUCUUGAAUGGUCUCGAUGAAUGAACCAUCAAUUUUAGAAUGAAAGGAUUAGUUUAGAUUUUGAAAAGGUAAAGAUCAUGUCAUGGGUUCAAUUAUUUUUUUAUUUUUUAUCUUUUUAAUGUCGAAAUGGGGACAGUGGAACUCCACUAUAAUGAGAAUAAUGGGGCGCUCAAAUCUGAUCGAGAUAACAGCAUUGUGGAUUUUUUAAAUUAAGAAGAUACGUUUUAUCCAUGAAACCAAAGGGUGUUUAUAUUACGUUCGGGUGGUGAUCCAUGAGGUGUUGAAUUGGGACUAGUUUUAAUGGAUAUGUGAUCAUAUUGUCCAAGAAUAUGAAUAUAUGAAAAGUCGAUUUUCAAAAUGCAAUAUCUUCAUUUUUGGCGUUUUGAGAUAUCGACAUUUUAUGCUACACAAUGAUGGCUCAAAUUUUCGGAAAAUUAAAUGUUAAUUUAGGUAUAUAUUCAAAAUAAAAGAUAGAUUAUGAUGAAAAUUGAAAUGUAUGUUAAUUUAAAUGUAUUUAUUUACUUGUUUGAAUUUCUUAUUUUGUUUCAAAAUGCUGUGUAUCCAGCUGUAACUUAGCGACAAAAUGCUGUAUAUCCAUUUUGAACAUUAUUCCCAGUAGCAAAUAAUUCAAGUUGUUUAUAGAUUACAAACCACUUACAUGACAAAAUAAAAUUAAAUUGUGUCAUAUACAUGAUUUAAUUGUGUAUGAUUAAUGUUUUCAUUUAUAUAUUUUAACAGAACAGUAUUAUAAAUGCUGGAAAGUCACUUGUAAUAGUGUAAUGUUUAGAGUGCUAUAAGUUUGCAUGAUUUGUUUUUAUAAAUCUGAAUUCUAAACAAAAUUAAACAAGAUAAUGUUCAAUUCAAAAAUCAUUUUAUUUGAAUUUAGAACAACGACAAAAUAGAACAUAAUGAGGUGUCUGAUUCAGAGUGUGCAUCAUCUUCAAUAGCAGUUUGGUUGAUUCAGAGUGUGCAUCAUCUUCAACAGCAGUUUGGUUGAUUCAGAGUGUGCAUUAUCUUCAAUAGCAGUUUGGUUGAUUCAGAGUGUGCAUCAUCUUCAAUAGCAGUUUGGUUGAUUCAGAGUGUGCAUCAUCUUCAAUAGCAGUUUGGUUUUGUUCCAGGACAAGUUGAUGCUUAUUAUUUACAUUCAAAUCAGAGGGCAAAUAUUUCUGUCCUUGAGCUACCCUUUCUUCUGUCAUGGCUGGAUCUGCAUGUAAAAGAUUGAAUGUGUAGUAAAUAACACAGCUAAGUCUGUAAAGCAACUUUUUAUUUUCAUUUCCUUAACACUUCUGAUGUGUAGUAACCAUAACAAUAAUAAUAAUCAUGUACAAUGAAAUUUAGUGGUUUUUUAAUCAAUUUACCGGUAACUCACCUUGCAGAACCAUUUAUCGUGAUUACACGUCACCGAGGGAAUCUUUGGUCCGCUGGAAUGACGAAAUGAUUUGUCUUUUUCUCGUGUUGAGCUUUUUUUCUUUCUUUUUUUUGAGAUUUUAUUCUGCAAACAACUCGUUCAUGCAGGCCGUCGUUAUGCAACCAUGUUUGUUGUUGUUUCGCAUCGUGAUGUUUAGUGCGCAUGCGCAGAAUGCCGCAGAAUAGCUUGCCAAUCACACGGAUUGGUCCGAAAAUAUGUACAGCAUUUUGAUAAUAAAAAUAAAUACACACCGCGUUUUGAAAAUAAAAUCAUUUUUAGACAUAGAAUAAUAAAGUAUUAAAAUGUGUUUUGUAGAUAAACUUUAACUUUAACAUGUCCUAAAGGAACCUGGUUUGCUCUACAAGAGUGUACAGUUAUAUAUCUUUUUUUUUUUCAAAAUGGCGGAUACCCCGUUUUGAAAAUCGACUCUUCAUCUAGAUGUUUAGUUAUUUAGUGUUAUUUUUUUCCUCCCACUCACUGUUUUAUGUUUGAAUGAAUAUCUGAAUGGAAAUUUUAGGAGCCGUGCGACGACCACGUUAUAUCCGGAUAUGCAUAAUAACCGGUGUUCCUCUGUAUCUAGAGGCAGUGCCAUUUUCAGUAAUUUAAUCUGAUACAAUAACUCAUGGUAACGUACCAUAGCUCACAAACAGACACCUUGAAAAAAAAAAUUAUAAAACAUCUAAAUAUGAAAUUUUAAUGUCGCACUCAAAUGUUGUUGUU